UGUGUGUUCUUGCGCGCGGGGACUCCGUGUGUGUAUGUUUGCAUUAGAGAGAUGUUCGGGGAAUGAUGUGGGCUUUCUGCGCCUUCUUUCGCGCGGCACCCGUUUCCUGGGGACUUCGACCCGCUUCCUUGCUUGGGAAACGACUACGCAGAUGUAGCUCAAGUUACCCUUCUCUGAAGACUUCCUGACGGCCCCACUGACCUGAGAGGCUCCUGAGGCAGUAGCAUGUUUUAUGAGCCAUUACUGGCAAGGGUACCUCAGGGUAUUGAAGGAUUAAUAGGAGUUCGCCAGGGAAGUGGGACAUGUAUACCUAACCCCUUGCACUGAGUAUAUGUUGAAUAAAUGUGUUCCCUGAAGAUAAAAGACUUUUAUAAGACUGGUGGGUGGAGACUUGGAGAUGGUUUGAGAAGAACCAAAUUCUUUUGGGGCCUUCAUCUUCCCACACCUCCAGCUCGCCCUUAUUUGGCCCUCCAUACAUCCCACAGUUGGACCUAAAUAGUUGACGUUCAUCUUCCCAAUGUUAACGUCAAACGAGUCAGCCUUUUUCUGCCUGCAGAGUAGAUCCCAAGCGUAGAUCUGUAUCUGUUUUCCUCUUGGUAAUAAUGAUACUGGCUAUGUAUUGAGUACCAACAUCUCCAACCCCUAGGAUUCAUUCAUUUAUUCCAACAACUGUUUACUGAAUGUAAUGUGUCAGGCAUCAGUCUGAGGUCCUGGAAUAUGUAUGUGAACAUAACAAAGAUCUCAGUCCACACGACGUAUAAGAAGGAGUAAAAGAAACCAAAAGAGAGUGAUGGGUCAGGUAGGAGGAAAACUUAGGAGGUGGUGUGAAAGUAAAGAAACUUUUCAGAAGGAAGUAAUCAGCCAUGCCAUAUUCCGCUGAGAGGUCAAGUAAGUUGAGGACCAAGCAUGGACCUUGGAUUUGGCUAUGUGGAGUCAUCAGUGAUCUUGAUGGGCCACUUCAGGGACCGACCGGGGUCAAAGCUGAAUGGAAUAAGUUCAGGCCAGAAAGGGAGGAAUUCAAAAGUUAACAGAACUCUUUGAGGGAGUUUUGUGGCAAAGAGGAACAAGGGAAAGUAGGGCACAGCUUGUAGAGAAAGUUUUAAACAUUCCUUAAAUUGUGAAGUACACAACAUAAAACUUAACAUCUUAAGUAACUUUUUAAGUGUACAAUUCAAAUGUUUAAGUGCAUUCACUUUGUUGUGCAGCCAUCGUCAGUCACCAUCUACCUCCAGAAUUUGGUAUAUGUUGCAGAACUGAAAAUCUGUACUUUUUUUUUUUUUUUAAGAUUUAUUUAUUUAUGCAUACAAGAGCUGAGGUAUAGGCCAGAGGUGCGAGGGGUGAGAAGAUUCACCAGAGACAGAGUGGGAAACAGAACAGGCAGAUUGACCAAAGUACACUGCUGAGGGGAGCAGCUGGUGAGUCAGGAGAGGUUUGCUGCACCAUGUGGGUUGCUCCCUGGCCGGCCUGGGAUCGAACUCAUGCUUCAGUGGCUGCGGACAGCUUCAUAGGUUGCGUCUUAACCCCUUGCACCACCAGGAAGGCCACAUGAAAAUCUGUACCUGUUAAACAAUGACUCCUCUUUCCUCCCGCCCCCAGCAGCCACCAUUUUACAUUCUGAUCCUAUGAAUUUGACCACUCUCGAGUGGAAUCAAUACAGUAUGAGGCAUUUUGUGCCUGACUUUGUUCACUUGGCACAAUGUGUCUAGUAUCAUCCAUGUUGUAUGUGGCAUAUGUCAGAUCCCCUUGUUAGAGCUAUGUAUUUCCUUAUGUGUAUAUAUCGCUAUUUGGAUUUUUGAAAAUGGGAAAAAUAACUGCAUUUUAUAGCCUUAUGGAAAUGACCUGUCAGGUUGAGAAAGUGAUGUUGAGGGAGAUGGGAGAAUGCUGGAGUAAUUAGUGCUUGAGUUGGUGAGGUCCCAAACACUCUCCUGUAUUGGGGGGGAUGGUUGAGUGUGUGGGUGUUAGUACUGCUUGGCAGGUGGGUAUGUUGGUGGGAGUCUGGAGCUGUCUUCCGAUGGCCGAAAGUGAGGAAGGAGAAAAGGUGUCAGGACAGAGAGAGGCAGGACACUGAGAUAUAGCAUGAUUAUCCGGCUGCACUAAGGGCCCAUUUGAAGUUUGUGACCCAGUUGAAGUUUGUGACCACAGACUGAAUUUAAAGUGAGAAUUGUUUUUCUCACUACUUUCAAUUGUGUGGCUAAACAGAUGGUUAGGGGAGUUGUAUUUAAUCAACAUUGUCUUUCUGUCAGGCAUGAAUGAUUCAAGAAGGGACAAGAGAGAGAGGGACUCCAUCUCUCCACCCUGGGGCAUCAUCCUUCAGGGAAGGGGAGGAGGGACAGCAGAAUGGCUGAGGAGAAGAAGCUGAAACUCAGUAAUACUGUGCUGCCCUCCGAGUCGAUGAAGGUGGUGGCCGAGUCAAUGGGCAUCGCCCAGAUUCAGGAGGAUACCUGCCAGCUGCUGACAGAUGAGGUCAGCUACCGCAUCAAGGAGAUUGCACAGGAUGCCUUGAAGUUCAUGCACAUGGGGAAGCGGCAGAAGCUUACCACCAGUGACAUUGACUACGCGCUAAAGCUAAAGAAUGUUGAGCCGCUCUAUGGCUUCCACGCUCAGGAGUUCAUACCUUUCCGUUUCGCCUCUGGUGGGGGCCGGGAACUUUACUUCUACGAGGAGAAGGAGGUUGAUCUGAGCGACAUCAUCAAUACCCCUCUGCCCAGGGUGCCCCUGGACGUCUGCCUCAAAGCUCACUGGUUGAGCAUUGAAGGCUGCCAGCCAGCUAUACCUGAGAACCCACCCCCAGCUCCCAAAGAGCAGCAAAAGGCUGAAGCCACAGAGCCCCUGAAGUCAGCAAAGCCAGGCCAGGAAGAAGAUGGACCCUUGAAAGGCAAAGGUCAAGGGGCUGCUCCAGCUGAUGGCAAAGGGAAAGAAAAGAAGGCACCACCCCUGCUAGAGGGGGCGCCUUUGCGACUGAAGCCUCGAAGUAUCCAUGAAUUGUCGGUGGAGCAGCAACUGUACUACAAGGAGAUCACUGAAGCCUGUGUGGGGUCAUGUGAGGCCAAGAGAGCGGAAGCUCUGCAGAGCAUUGCAACGGACCCUGGGCUCUAUCAGAUGCUGCCCCGAUUCAGCACCUUCAUCUCUGAGGGGGUCCGCGUGAAUGUGGUGCAAAACAACUUGGCCCUGCUCAUCUACCUGAUGCGCAUGGUGAAGGCGCUGAUGGAUAACCCUACGCUCUAUCUAGAAAAAUAUGUGCAUGAAUUGAUUCCAGCCGUUAUGACCUGCAUUGUGAGCAGACAGCUAUGCCUGCGGCCAGAUGUGGACAAUCACUGGGCACUCCGUGACUUUGCCGCCCGCCUGGUGGCCCAGAUCUGCAAGCAUUUCAGUACAACCACUAACAACAUCCAGUCCCGGAUCACCAAGACCUUCACCAAGAGCUGGGUGGAUGAAAAGACUCCAUGGACAACACGUUAUGGCUCCAUCGCAGGCCUGGCAGAGCUGGGACAUGACGUAAUUAAGACUCUGAUCCUGCCACGGUUGCAGCAGGAGGGGGAGCGGAUCCGCAGUGUGCUGGAUGGCCCAGUGCUAAGCAACAUCGACCGCAUAGGAGCUGACCAUGUGCAGAGUCUUCUCCUGAAGCACUGUGCCCCUGUUUUUGUAAAGCUUCGCCCACCACCUGACAAUCAGGAUGCCUAUCGGGCAGAAUUUGGGUCUCUUGGUCCCCUCCUCUGUUCCCAUGUGGUCAAGGCCCGAGCCCAGGCUGCUCUGCAGGCUCAGCAGGUCAACAGGACCACACUGACCAUCACUCAGCCACGGCCCACACUGACCCUCUCACAGGCCCCUCAGCCUGGCCCUCGGACCCCUGGCUUGCUGAAGGUCCCUGGCUCCAUCACACUGCCCGUCCAGACACUGGUGUCUACACGAGCUUCUGCCCCACCUCAGCCUUCCCCUCCUCCAACCAAGUUCAUUGUAAUGUCCUCCUCCAGUGCCUCAUCCACCCAACAGGUCCUGUCCCUCAGCACCUCGGCCCCUGGCUCAGGCUCUACCACCACGUCCCCUGUCACCACCACAGUCCCCAGCGUGCAGCCCAUCGUCAAGCUGGUCUCCACCGCCACAACCGCACCCCCUAGCACUGCUCCCUCUGGGCCGGGUAGUGUCCAGAAGUACAUUGUGGUCUCUCUCCCCACAGCUGGGGAGGGCAAAGGAGGCCCCACCUCUCAUCCUUCUCCAGCUCCUCCCCAGUCCUCAGCACCUUCCCCUCUUGGGGGCAGUACCCUCUGUGGGGGAAAACUAGAAACUGGGGAUAGCUCUCCUCCAGCUCCAGGGACUCCAAAAGCUAAUGGUUCCCAGCCCGCUGGACCUGGCUCCCCUCAGCCUGCACCUUGAUGCUGCCACACGUCGACUUUCUCUGCUGGUGUGUCUUAUACACACGUGCGUGUGUGUGCUGCGUGGAUGGAAAUAGUGAUCUGCUUCCUCACAUCACUUUCUUUUUAGAUAUUGUACAGCAAGUUCUCAGAAUAAAAGUUUGAUUUGUAAGUUCUG